AUGUCGCAAGGCUCGCACCCGACACUCAUCAAUCUCCCCCCUCCGGGGUCGAAUCCGGAAACACCGUCUGAGAUGCCAGGGACACCUACUAGCACGACCACGUCACUGUCAGCUCUGUCUACGACUGCUAUAAAAGAUGGCCAUCGAGGCCACUUUGCUUCUGGGCCACUUGGCCGCGGCCACCAACACAAUCCAUCCACCACCAGCCUCGAAGCUGAACGAGCAGAUCGAAUCUCACGCCUGGCUGGACUCGAGCGAGUAUCGACACUACGCGCCGGUCCUGGAGCUGCCGGGGCGGGUGGUGGAGGAGGACCAUCAUCAAUCUCCCCCCAAACUACGCCUACGUCGACAACUGGCGGACCAUUUCCGCCAAAUUUCCCGAGCACCCACAACCUAACACCGUCGUACUUCGACAGCAAUGGCCAACCAGUUGCAGUUACAAAGAUGAGCACGGUUGGCUCAGCAAGCGCCACGGAGAGUCAUGUUGGUGAUGACAACCGAACCACAGCUGGAGAGCACGACGAGGACAUGUUUAGCACUGACACCAACUACCGGGAAGCCGACUCGGUAGCCAGCAUGGGUGCGGAACCUGAUGCUAUGGACGAGGACAUGGAUAUGAUGGCCAAUCGAUCUGUUGGUGGAUACGAAGAUCGAAUGAGCGACGAUGGCUCUGCAUCGUUGGUUGGAUUCGGCGAAGGUGCUGGCAGCACCGUCUCUGGCCCUAUCUACCAUCGUCGCGCGCCCCCAGGCGCAGCUGCAGCCCAUCAAGCUUGGAAUCUCGAGCGAACAAACUCUGGAAUGAGUGACUACCGCAGGGACAGGGACACGCCCAUGAACGGAGGGGACACACCUAUGAGCACCUCUGCCAUCCAGGAAAGGCGUGAUGCCCGGAUGAUGGAUGGUGUUGCUGCCGAUCCCCCUCACCAUGGAAUGCUAACAGAGCAAGACAAUUUUGUAGACACAACCUUCCGUGGGCCGCUACCAACAGGAAGACCCCCUAACAGGGAGACUGCGGAACGGAUUAUUUCGCCGCUGGACAGUGGUGAGGCGAGGGCUGGGCCUUCGGGUCUCGGAAGCCCAGGUGCAGGAGGACAGCCUCUCGGUAAAUUCUAUUUUGAAGGCGAGAAAAGAGAGGACUGA